AGGAUUGACUUUUUGGUGUCAUCUCUCGUAAGCAGCCCAGCGAAUUCUUGCUGGAGUGAUAUGAAGAGAGAGAGGAUCUGACAAUAAUUCGGUGGAAACACCUACUACUAAAGCGGUGAAACUUUUGAAAUCUAGACCAUUGUCAUGCCACUGGGCACUCGCCGUGCCCACCUUCGGCGUCUGGUAGAGCGGGGAAGCGGUCUAUAUAAACGUCAUGCAGCCCCGUGGCGACUGAUGCAUUUCUCUGCAGAACAACCAUUCCAUUUUUUGUCUCUAUUGUCAUUCUCGAACUCACCUUGAAACUCAAUCAUAAUGCCUUACUCCGGUAGCUGCAUGUGUGGCGAGAUCGCCUACAACGUUGAGGUGGAUAACUAUUUGUCUGCUCUCUGCCACUGCACUGAUUGCCAGAAGUGGACCGGCGGUGCAUUCACUUCCAACGCGGUCGUCCCUCGAUCCAGCUUCAAAGUGACCAAAGGAACCCCCAAAACCUAUGACGUCACCGGCGCCAGCGGCAAGAUCAACAAGCACUUCUUCUGCGCGAACUGCGGCUCCAGCCUGUACACCGAGCUGGAGAUCAUGCCGGACAACACGGUCGUCAAGGCCGGAACGCUGGAUAACGGCGAAGCGAACCUGAAGGGCAAGAUUGAUAUCGAGUUCUACGUUAAGGAUCGGCCUCAGUAUCUGGGUGCGCUGCAGGGCGCCAAGCAGGAGCCGAUGUUUGGGUAAAUGCUUCAUGGCAGGUGGAUGUUUGGGGCAUGUGUAGCAUUGUGAAGCGUGGAGUUGGGGAGGAUGGGGUUUAGGCGAUCCCGCUGGUGUUAGUAGAUUGAUUAUUUGUUGGGAUGUGUAGUUCAGUUGAAGAAUGACAUGAAUGAUUCGAUUUAGU